AUGCGACCCCAAGACACGCAGCGCUUGCCGGAAGCCAUUUCCCUCCAGCUCGGCGUCCAGCAUCUUCAGAGCAGGGUACUUGGCGCUUUCCUUUGCACAACUAUGCACUAUGCGCGCGACACCGUUGCUAGGGAAUGUGUCCACAAUGCCUACAGUAAACAUCGAGAGUUCAUCCUCAUCGGCCGUCUUGCAUGGGCAUCGUCCGUCGGAAGGAAAUACGGUGCGACGCUGCCGAGAUGA